UCUGCGCGGCGGAGUAGCCGGACGAAGCGGGCUGCACAAGUAUCAUCACGACAUCAGUGCGGACAUAAAAGAUGAUUUAAGCAUGGCCCUCUCACACAGCCUCAUCUUAUGCUACGUCUUCUGCACAGUUGAUCUCCAGCCUGCACAGUUUAUCGCCGAUUCAAGCAACAUGAUUGUAAAAGGCACUCAACCUGCUCUGCAGCUGACAGCCACACCGGACUACCCGGUGGCAGUGGGUCAGGAGGUCAGCCUACGCUGCUGCGCGCAGAGUUCGCACACCUUUGACAAUUGGUCCUGGCAACGACAGGAGCAAGAGAGGUGGCAGGAAGUGGCCAAGGGGUACACUCUCACCCUGAGCAAGCCGCAGGAGAGCGGGCUGUACCGCUGCUUCGCUCAAAGAAAUCUCACCGAGAGUGUCAGUCCCAGCCAUGCGGUCUUGAUCAUCUCCAUUCAUGCAAUAGCGAAUGUCGGAAUAACUGCCUUGGUUCUCUCUCUUCUCGCCUUGGUCAUGAAUAUCGCCGUCAUGUUUUGGCUCGGGUGGCAAAGACUUAGAGGUGAGGAGAGUCCUGCCAACAUGGAAACUAAAGGUUUUCCGAAAGCUGGAAAGAAGGAUGAAAAGCGGGGUCCUGCCCAGGCCGAGAACGAGGGGCACGUGUACAUGAAUUACUCAAGCACGAACCUAACCUACACAGAACUGGAUCCCACGGGCGUGACUGCGAACAACGCGUACUCGGUUCUGCCAUGAACAUCUGAUUAGCCAGCCACAGAUCGGCUGAAUGCGAUUGUCAACUCAUACACUCAUUUAUGGAAACCUAAUUGCUGACUAACUGUAAUCCACAGGAUGUGCUUACUGCCGGUAAGUUGGUCACUAUAAAUCGCAAACAAACACACC